AUGAUACUCUACAAGAACUACUGGUUCCGUCCCAGCAUCAUUGAGAGCAUACUGCGUGCCCAAAAUAGCUUCAAACCUCGUCCCGAAGACACCAUCAUUGCUGCUUACCUCAAGUGCGGAACCACGUGGCUGAAGGCCCUCUUCUUCGCAGUCACCAACCGCUCCCAGUAUGAUUUUGACCACCACCCUCUUCUCUUUCGCCAUCCUCAGGAGGUGUUACCAUUCAUAGAGGCACCUAUCCAAGGUAACCUCACCUAUUUAGAGACACUCCCAUCCCCAAGGCUUCUUUCCACCCAUAUGUCCCUUUCACUGCUCCCGAAGUCUACAGUCAGUUCUGGUUGUCGGAUUGUGUACAUGUGUCGAGACCCUAAGGAUGCAUUUGUGUCUUGGUGGUACUUCUAUAAUAAGGUGCAUAUUGGAUAUCAUAUUGACUUGGAAACAGCGUUUAACAUGUUCUCCGAAGGUUUCUCUGACCAUGGACCUUGUUGGGGCCAUUACCUCGAGUACUGGAGGGAAAGCAUUGCAAGAUCUGAUAAGGUUCUUUUCCUCAAGUAUGAGGAUAUGAUCUUAGAGCCUAUAAAGCAUGUCAUAAGGCUCGCAUUGUUCCUUGGUGCUCCAUUUAGUAUCAGGGAAGAAGAGGAUGGGGUACCAGAGCAGUUGGUGAGGUUGUGCAGUUUUGAGAAGCUUAGUAGCUUGCCUGAGAACCAAACAGGAAGAUUUACUAUGCUUGCCAACACUGUUAUUGAAAAGUCAUGGUAUUUCAGGAAAGGAAUGGUGGGUGAUUGGGCGAAUCACAUAAGCAUGGAGAUGGGGAGAAAGUUAGAUUGCAUCGUUGAAGAGAAGCUCAAAGGAUCUGGCCUCGUGCUUUAA